CAGCCGCAUUACGACGUCUGCAUCCGAGUCAACCGACGAUCAUAAACCCCCGAUAACACACACACCCGUAUACUAGUACUCUUUCUUUUGACAUGAACCCACUAAGUACCGGAUGGGACAGCCGCACUGCCACGUGACAACGAGGCCGCGGGGUAAUAAAUCAGGUUCUCCUCCCCCUCACACAAACUUCACAGACAACCCUCGUCCUUCUCCAAACGCUAUGCCUUUGUUCAAAUUGAAGAGAGCCGGUGCCAGGGCUAUGUUUGCGACCUUCCCCAGUCUGCCGCAUUGGCGUGAUCUCGCCUCCGAAAUAUCCUCUCUUUUCGGUAUUCCGCAAGAACAUGUCCGUGUGGCUUACCUUAAUAGAGACAAGGAGCCAGUCACUUUUAAUGAUGACGCUAUGCUGCAAAAUUACGUUCAGUCGCUCAGGAGCCCCUAUCCAGCCAUCAAGUUGGUCGUAGAUGAUGUCAGGUCCCCUGACCUCUCGAUACCUGGAACGUGGUUUUUCAAGUCAAAUAUGCCUUCCGUAACAGAGACAAUCCCACUCAAGCUAUUUGGCUGGGUGUUAGACAAAUCCUCCAACCCAUUCUCGGUCACCAUCGCAAAGAGUGAGACCAUUGAUGACCUGAAGGAUGCCAUCAAGAAGAAGAUAGGACUUGAUGGGCUUGCCAGUGAUCUGGUUGUCUGGAGAGUUUUCAUUCCUGCAGACAGGGAUCUUGCGGAGGAAGUUCGCACUCUCUCGCUGAAUGAUAAGGAAUUGCUAGGGGCUAUGGACUUGUUAUCAGAGGCCUUUCCUAAUCUGCCCCAAAAGGGGCUUCAUUUUGUCGUGGCGGCGCCGCCCACUGACAGAAAGAGGAAACGUGAGGACCCAGUCGAUAUUUCAGCGAAAUUGUACCAUAAAUGGAAUGUUCCGCUCCCCAAAAUUCCGACCAUCAUUGAUCUGCGCACCUAUCUGGAUGCACCACUUGAUCCCGAAGAGAAAAUCCCUAUUUCCGAUUUCCAAUGGCGCAUGCUGCUGCACCUGAAUUCACGUUUCAAUGAUUUUUACACUGCAGAAGACCUUGAGGUGCUCUUCAUCAAGAGCGAGGACGAAAUGGCGAACUUCUUUUUCAAUGUGCAUAUGGCAAUUACCAGGGCCCCACCAUUGGGUACUGAAAAUUCCUUCCUUCCAUUCUGGGACCGCAACAUUCUGGAUCUUCUCACGAUGUGUCUCGACAAUUUCAUGUGGAUACGCAACAGCGACCACGACACGAAUACUGGAUCUUUCAGGCCUGAUUUAGGUCUCCUUUUUCAGCGUACUUGUUUAUUCCGGGGGGAGGAGAAAAGGCCACCGUAUGGCGGGAAGCAUCCUCGUCAGGAGCUCAUUGACAAGACUCGAUGGGCCUAUGGUACUGCUCCGUAUGUGCUUGGCUACUAUGCCAUUGGUGCUGAUGUUACGCUUGCAGCUAUUGGGCACCAAAGGGGACAAGUAGUUGUAGAAGACAUUCUAGCCGGAAAUCUAUCAACGGUGAAGGGACGUAUCAAAAAUGCGGCAAGGAUGAUCCGGCUAGUCAAGGUUCUCCGGGCAUUAGAAGGUACCAUUUCAAAAGAUGUAGAUGCUGAUAUGCUUCCACUGAUUCGUGAUGAUGGCAAAUCCAUUGAAUUCUUGGAAAAGACGAUACGGAAGUUCUACCCAAUAGAAAAGCAACCCAGAAUAUCUUUUCUCAAAUCUAUCUAUGACCAACUCAAGAGAAAACGCGUGCCAAAUGUCGACUUCCUUAAGAAAAUCAAAACCACUGAAGAUGGAUACUUCCUUGAACUUGGACCUCGAGAUGUCAAAAAUGCGGUUAUCUGUGUCCUCAAGGCCCUCCAAGUGUUACAUACUGAGCCGCAAGUGUUCCAUCGAGACAUCCGCUGGCCAAAUGUGAUUCAAGAUAUUACGGAUCGCAAGCGGUGGUUCCUCAUUGACUGGGAAGAUGCUGCCAUGCUUCCAACCAAAGCGGCCCCCAAUCUGCAUCCUCAAACUCAUGCACCACAGGUAUUCGAGGAUGAUCAUGGGGCAGAGGUUGACAUUUGGGGUGUUGGGGAACUUAUCGCUACAGCUGGUAUUGAUCUUGAUGAAAACAUCGAGUCUCUGGGACAGAGGAUGGUAGAGGGUUCUAUUUCAUCAGCCGAGCAGGCUCUUGUGAAAUCUCGAAUUCGCUCGGUGUCUCGCUUCUUCAUACAACCCAGUAUAUAGAAUGAGACGUGUCUACCACCAUAUUGCUUGUCGUCAGAUAAAUCUGUGCAUUGUGCCGAAGACGAACUCGCAGAUGGACUGGAUGCUUCCAUUCUUAACCAAUACGGUUUUUGUAUCCUUCCCACUGUCCACAUCAACUGAUCGAGGGUCUUUCUCGACCGUUGCACAAGGCACGAGCCAGACCAUGUCAGGAUUGUUCCGAUCCCUCUAGCAAUGCAUCACUCCCCAAAUUCUU